CCACCAACCGCUCCGCCCCGGGACCGCCAGCAUGAGCAAGCCAGCCGGAUCAACAAGCCGUAUUUUAGAUAUCCCCUGUAAAGUGUGUGGCGACCGCAGCUCGGGGAAACACUACGGGGUCUACGCCUGCGACGGCUGCUCGGGGUUUUUCAAACGAAGUAUCCGAAGGAAUAGGACGUAUGUCUGCAAAUCUGGAAACCAGGGAGGCUGUCCAGUGGACAAGACUCACAGAAACCAGUGCAGGGCAUGUCGGCUGAAGAAGUGUUUGGAAGUCAACAUGAACAAAGAUGCCGUGCAGCAUGAGCGGGGGCCUCGGACGUCCACCAUCCGCAAGCAGGUGGCCCUCUACUUCCGUGGACACAAGGAAGAGAACGGAGCGGCCGCGCACUUCCCCACCGCCGCACUGCCCACUCCGGCCUUCUUCACCGCGGUCACGCAGCUGGAGCCCCACGGCCUGGAGCUGGCCGCAGUGUCCGCCACCCCGGAACGGCAGACCCUAGUGAGCCUGGCUCAGCCCACGCCCAAGUACCCUCAUGAAGUGAAUGGGACCCCAAUGUAUCUCUAUGAGGUGGCCACAGAGUCAGUGUGUGAAUCAGCUGCCAGACUGCUGUUUAUGAGCAUCAAGUGGGCUAAGAGUGUGCCAGCUUUCUCCACGCUAUCUUUGCAAGACCAGCUGAUGCUUUUGGAAGAUGCUUGGAGAGAACUGUUUGUUCUAGGAAUAGCACAAUGGGCCAUUCCGGUUGAUGCUAACACUCUACUGGCUGUAUCUGGCAUGAAUGGUGACAACACAGAUUCCCAGAAGCUGAACAAGAUCAUAUCUGAAAUACAGGCUUUACAAGAGGUGGUGGCUCGGUUUAGACAACUACGGUUAGAUGCCACUGAAUUUGCCUGUCUAAAAUGCAUCGUCACUUUCAAAGCUGUUCCUACACACAGUGGUUCUGAACUGAGAAGUUUCCGGAAUGCUGCCGCCAUCGCAGCUCUUCAGGAUGAGGCUCAGCUAACUCUCAACAGCUAUAUCCAUACCAGAUAUCCCACUCAACCCUGUCGCUUUGGAAAACUCCUGUUACUUUUGCCAGCUUUACGUUCCAUUAGUCCAUCAACCAUAGAAGAAGUGUUUUUCAAAAAAACCAUUGGCAACGUACCAAUUACAAGACUGCUUUCAGAUAUGUACAAAUCCAGUGAUAUCUAAGCUCUUCAAGUCCCCACUUUCCAAGAUGGGACAGUAUCUGAUGAACUUCUACCCUUGGAGAACAAGUCUCAACUAACAAACCCUUCAGGAAGCAUAAACCUGGAAAUGUGUAGCCUUCAAGAAAAAAAUGUCGAUGGACACAAAACAGUUCCAGUAGCUUUGACCUGCUGCUUCACCCAGGAUAGGGUGGCCCAGGAGGGAAGGGAGUGUGACAGGAUGGCCUGAGCAGGAACUCACUGCUGCCAUGCCCUGGGAAGAGGGCCGAACUGGGGGUUGCCACAGGCGAUGCCAUUCUGCCUCUUACCUGGAAGAUUGGGCUGAAAUAUCAAAAGUUGAAUUGCAGGUAGAACUUUCUUUUCCCUUUUAGCAUAUAAAGUUGGGUACCGAAUAUAGCUCAGUGUAUAACAUCAUACAGCAGCCUUCAGAACAACUAUCUUACGUUGGAGAAUUUAUUUUAAAAAUAAUGGUUAGGUUUUAAAUCAAAAGUUUUAUCAAAAUUUCCCCUUCUAUUGUACUACAUCAUGAAGUGGCCUUCAGAACUGAGUUAAUAAAUGAAAGGUAGUUUAUGCUGUGAGAUUUUCUUUUUCUUUGUCUUCUUCCUUUCUCUUUCUUUCCUCCUCCUCCUCCUUCUCUUCCUCCUUUUCUUCUUCCUCCUCCUCCCCUUGUCCUUCUUCUUCUUAAUACCAUAGGCCAAGCAACCUUGUCAAAGAAAUUGGUGGACGAAAAUGAGAUUCUCACCAGGACUUCACGUUGGAUAACAUCUCAAAAACAAAAGAGCUUUACUAAAAGAACACAAGUUGAGGGAGGAAGAAUAAAAACAGCAAAACCAAAUAAAGUGGAGAUGAAUAAUGGAGUGAGGGAGACUGCUGUCCCGUUAACAUAGUGCUGAAACCAAAGGCAAUGGGGAUGCAAGCUCGUGUUUCAGCAAGUCACACCAGACAGUAAAUGAACAGAGACAUGAGGCCAGAAGGAACUUCAAGGAGAUGAAUGCCAAAAGGCUUCUUGAUUCAUUGCUAACUGCCUGAGACUCUUCAAUACCUUUCAGAAAACUGGUUUCUAGUAAAGCUUUGUACGCCUGCACGUGUGCACACAUACACUUCGUCCUACACUAUAAGCUGCUCCUUUGGUAUGAAUUUCUACUUAUGGAAAUGUAGAAACAAACAUUUAAAAAUAGCUGCUGUACUUUUCACAUUUUGAUUUAUUAGAUACUAGCACUGAGGGAAAAUAUUCAACACUUGGACUAUCAUAGGAUGAGUAAAACUUUUCUUGUACAAAGUGAAUUAACUUGAUUUGUGAAGUUAAAAUGUUGUACUCAUUGUAUUUACAAAGAAUAAAAGGUAUAUUGAAUUUAAA